AUGUCGAGCUCUAACCCAAAUCCUUCGAUUCGACGAAUCCCAAGCACUAGCAGCACCGAAGAGAUCUUGGAGAUUGUCUACGCCGAUGGAACCAAGCGCCUCACCAAUCCUGUCAUAUUUAGCAGGAUAUUCUGCGACACGCUGCUAGAGAGAAACCAGGUGUGUGCCAUUGCCGAGAAAGACUUUAAGGAUGAGGCUAAGAACUACUGGAUGAAUACCGCGCAGGUGCUUGAGAUCAGUCCCAUCAACCGCCUCCAGCCUCUCCAUCGUGACCUGAAAAAUAAUGACCCCUUCAUCGCCGUCCAUCUUUGA